AUGGAACAAGAAAAUAAAAAACUUUUAAGGGAAGCUGAAAGCUUACGUUCAAUUGCCUUUUUUGGCGUUACUGUUUCUACUGUCGCAGUUCUUAUUUCAGUUUUCUCAGUUCCAAUGCUUUACAAUUACAUGCAACAAGUCCAAACUGUUAUGCAAAAUGAAGUUGAUUUUUGUAGAUCAAGAUCAGGAAAUAUAUGGAAAGAAGUUACAAGAACUCAAGUCUAUUCAAAAAUUACUGGUGGAAGAAUUACUCGUCAGGCUGGUUAUGGAACUUCUGUUGGUGAAGUAGAAACAUUUACUCAUCAAAGAGCUGGUGGAUGCUGUGGAUGUGGUGUUUCACCACAAGGACCACCAGGAGCUCCAGGACCAGAUGGUAGAGAUGGAAAUGAUGGUGCACCAGGUUUACCAGGAAGAAAUGGCCCAGAUGGACCAAGCGCUACUCCAGCACCUGCUCACGAUUUCUGCUUUGACUGCCCAGCUGGACCACCAGGAGCUCCAGGACGUCAAGGACCAAAAGGACCUCGUGGAAAUCCAGGACAUUCAGGACAACCAGGACGUCCAGGACAAAAGGGAGCUAAUGGAAGACCAGGACAACCAGGAAGAGCUGGACAACCAGGAAAUCCAGGUAAACCUGGAGCUAGAGGAGCACCAGGAGUAGUUACUAUUGUUGAUGGACCAAUGGGACGACCAGGACCAGCAGGAAGACCAGGACCAAAAGGAAUAGAUGGACGUCCAGGAGCACCAGGACCAAAGGGACAACCAGGACCACAAGGACCACAAGGAAAUCCAGGAGCACCAGGUUUACCAGGAAGUCCAGGACUUAAAGGAAGUGUAGGAGAAGCUGGUCCAAGAGGAAAUCCAGGAUCAUGUAAUCAUUGUGCACCUCCAAGAACUGCCCCAGGAUAUUAA